AUGAUACCAUCCUUACAGGUUGUUUUAGGUUGGAUGACUGUUGUCAUAGAGGCAGAGGAAGAGAAGGUUCUUAGUGAUGAUUCAACUUCUUCAGAGGAAGUGUCAAGAGUUGAGGAUUCUUUUGUUGGUGUUGGGGAUUUCUUUGGCAAGCAUUGGAAGGAAUCUGAUGCAAAGAGUACCAAGGAAUUUUCUGGAAAUGUGUCUACAGCUGGAAAAUGCCUAUCCCUAUCUUGCUUGCCAAACAAAUCUUCCCAUGGUGAGGUUGAAAAUUCUAGGAAUCAGAAAGAUAGGUUUUCAGGGGUUGAGGGAUCUAGAGAUUACAACUUCACCAGAGACACAACAGAGGCAACGACCAGCGAGCAGAGGAGACGAACUAGUGAGCAGAGGCGACGACCUAGCGAUUCCUUUGCGAUGACCAACGACCAGACCACUAUAGAUAAGUGA